AUGAAUUCAAAAAUUAAAGGGAUAACGGAUGAUAUAACAUCAAUUCCACCAGAAGAACAAAGAUAUUACGCAUUAAAUGCAUUUCCUAAAGUUUUGAAGAUUGGAAGAUUUAAUUUAAAUGAGGAAUUCAUAAAAGGUUUCCUUAAUGACAUAAUGAAGAAAGCAGAUAAGGAACAAGUGGCUAGUGAAUUAAUGAAGAAAGCAGAUAAGGAAUAUGUUAAUGAAAAAGAUAAUGAAAUUAAAGAAAAGGUUGAAUGGAAUCAUGAAUGGACAUCGAAGAUUUUUAAAACUAAAGCUGAUACAGGAUGGGUUUCAGGAUGUUUAGACCUUAAAGCAGAUAAAACUUAUGUUAACGAUGAGUUAAAUAAGAAGGCAAAUUUGGUUUAUGCUGAUGAAAAAGAUAAUGAAAUUAAAGAAAAGGUUGAAUGGAAUCAUGAAUGGACAUUGGAGACUUUUAAAAAUAAAGCUGAUACAAAAUGGGUUUCGGGAUGUUUAGACCUUAAAGCGGAUAAAACAUAUGUUAACGAUGAGUUAAAUAAGAAGGCAGAUAAAACAUAUGUUAACGAAAUAUACCAAAGUUUGAUAGGAACAACAAAAAAUAUUGAAACUAUUGUUGGUGACUUUUCUGUCCGUGAAGAAAAUAAAUAUUUUAGAUGGCAGUUUGUACACUCCUUAAAAAAUGGUACACGGUGUAAACUCAUUCCGAAAAAUAACAAUGAAAUGUAUGUAAGCUAUAAAAAGAAUGAUGGAACACAAGUUAAAGUUCCAUUAGACAACAACUGCUACUUAAACUUAUAUGAAGACGAACAAAAGAAAUAUUUAAGAGUUUAUGAAAUGGUAGAUAUGACAUUACCUGACCCAGCUCCAGCACCAUAUUAUUAUGACUAUGGAGAUGACGACAGAACACCACAUGUAGAUGAACAAAAGCUAACAUUAUAUUUAGAUUAUUAUAGAUAUAAAAGAUAUAAUGCAAUAGAAAAAACGAGAAUAGUAUAUUAUUAUACAGAUGACAGAAAUAAAUAUUAUAGUCAAGAUUUUACCUACCCUGAAAACAUAAGAUUAUAUUAUAAAAAAUAUUCUGACACAAACCAGAAGAAACCUGAAAUAGUUGCACUAUAUUUUAAGUUCAAAAGAGACAAUCCUAUAUUAUCUCAUAUGUUUGAUUUAAUGAACCCAGUAGGUUCUAUUUAUACAUCUAUGGAAGCAAGAGGUCCUCAAGUAAUGUUUGGUGUUGGUGCAUGGGAACAAAUAGUCGACAGGUUUUUGUAUUGUGCUAACUCUUCAAAGGAAACAGGUGGAAGUAAAACAAUUUCAGGUGAAAAUUUACCUGCACACAGUCACUACAUAGAUUUAAGUACAUCUCAGGCAGGUUGGCAUAAGCAUAGAUAUUGGGAUUGGUCAGGAAUGACAAAAGGUAAAGG